AUGGACUGCACAACGAGACCCAGAAUUUGCCAAGAAAUGCCUAAAAAUCUGGCUGCGUCCCUAUUGCGGCCAGGAUGUGUCCCAGACAUGAUUAGGGAUUCUUUAGUUCUGAAGUAUGAUUCCAAGACUGAUUCAGUGCUGGAAGUGAUCGAGGAAGACUACAAAAUCUGCAACAACGCCAAUCCAAUAAAAUCACACCAUGAUGGAGAAACUAUAAUUUCACUAGAAAAAUUAGGUCUAUUUUUCUUCAUCAGUGGAGCUAAAGAACAUUGCCAGAAGGGUCAAAAGCUAGCGGUUAUGGUUCUGUCCGAUAAAUAUGGCUCCAGCAACCAAUCUACAGCUCAGGCACCUUCUCCUCAUCAUCACCGUCACCACUACCAUGCACCGGCGCCAGCCCCAACUAACGGUGGUACUGGUCUAAAGGUGGCGGUGGGGUUUAUUUGUGGCACUGUGACGGUGGGAAGUUUGGUUUCGUUGUCAAGAGAGUUCGUAGUGGGCUGUGAAAAUAAUUUAUGGGCAGUUCCAUCUUCUGUUGACGAGUUCAACAAAUGGGCUAAGAAAACUCAUUUUCAGAUUGGGGAUUCUUUAGUUCUAAAGCAUAAUUCCAAGACUCAUUCAGUGCUGGAAGUGAACGAGGAAGACUACAAAAUCUGUAACAACGCCAAUCUAAUAAAAUCACACAAUGAUAGAGAAAAUCAGGCGGCAUCCUUGCUGUGGCCCUAA